AUGUGUCCCAUCACCUUCUGGAUGCACGAAUGUUUCUUUUGCGGAGCCGUCAAGGACAACGCUUCUCGCUACGACCCCGCGAUCACCACUACUUGUCCAGGGUGUAAUACUCCAGUCGAGGAGAAGCUGGAAUGGCGUUACUGGAUCUGCCCUCCAUGUGAGGAAGAGAGAGCUACCGACGAGCGCAAAUAUCCCCCUAGAGGCCAGCCCCCGCAGCAGCGUGCCCGUGCGUAUAUGUUCCCGAAUGAAACUCAGCCACAGAAUGGAACUCAGCGCCAGGGCGAGCCCCGUUUCCAGGCCGCUCCACGUUUCCAAGAUGCUCCGCGGUACCAGCAGUUGCAGAACAAUCCGGGUGGUCGUCACCCCACUCAGCAGUAUCCUGCUCAGCAAGAGGAGCAACGCCCCCAGUACUUCCAGAUGGGCCAGCCUCCCCGUGGCCAGGACGAACCCCGCCGCCAGGGUCGUCGUGAGAGCCGUCGUGAGAGCCAUGGCCACCAUCACCACGACCACUACUACUAG